AUGAGCUUUUACAAGGGCAGAGAGAAGAUGACUCUUCACGGGCUUAUAUCGAAGCAGAUCAACCCCACAGACUCCACCCCGCUUGAUGUACGCGAGGUGAAGAAAUACUGUUACUAUGGGUUUUCGAAUGCAUCGCUCAGGCCGAAGUACUGGAAAGUGUUUCUGGGAUACUACAGUAAAAACAAGUUUAGGACGGAGAUGUUUCUUCGAAACAUGAGAAGCUCCUAUAGCUUCUACAUAGGAAAGAUAGGAGACGAGUUUGAGGGAAAAGAUGGAUGCUACAAGGUGAUCGAGAACGACGUCUGCAGGACAUUUAUCAAGCCAAGAACAGAGUGCAAAGACUCUGGAGAGAAAAGAAGAUACUGCGAGUUUCUCGACAGCAUACAUAGAGACACACAGGAAACCCACAGGGCCGUGAUCGAGAGGAUACUGAAGUGUUAUGCAAUGACAAACUCGUCUGUGAAGUAUGUCCAGGGAAUGAAUCUUGUUCUGACGGCAAUAUAUUAUGUUCUGUAUCUGAGCGAAGACGAGGAGGACAGGAGAUACUGCGAAGAAGACUCCUUUUUCUGCUUUAACUCACUGAUGGUAGAGAUAGGCGACAACUUCAUGGAAGAUCUUGACCAGUGCAGCGGGGGGAUAGUGCACAGGAUGUCCAGGGUGAUGGAGAUAGUUGAAGAGGCUGACAGAGAGCUGUACAGGGCGAUGAAGAGAAAGGGCUUGGUGGAGGGAGGAUUCCAUAUGAAGUGGAUACUUCUGAUGUUUGUGUCGUGCUUUGACAUUGAGGAUGUUGUAUGGCUAUGGGACCGGCUUCUUAGCGAUUCAUGCAGGUUUGAGAUGGUGCUCUAUUGUUGUGCAUCUGCGAUAAUCAUGGCGAGGAGUGUGAUCAUCCGGGAGGACUUUGAUGUGUGCAUGGAGCUUCUUCAGAAGCCGUCAACCGUAAGCGCAGAGACGAUGUUCAACGUGGCAGACCAUCUAAGGAGGAGGCGGCACAGAAGCUCCAGGAACGGGUGA